AUGUUCGCAUCCACGCUUGUGAGCCCUCCAGACUUCCAUGAGGCAUACUCCCAAUCCCGACCGCACAAUGACCUCAAAAGAAUCGUUCCAGUCGCCGCGGGCCGCACCGCACACAUUCCCUUUUUCAACGCCAACCACAUCCCGGGUUCAGUCUUCUUCAACAUGGACAUCAUCCGCAACCCAGACACCCCCUACCCACUAAUGCUCCCCACCCCCAGCACCUUCUCAACGGAGCUAUUUAAACUCGGUCUCCGACCUAGCGACAUCGUCGUGGUCUACGAUGCCGCAGAGAUAGGAACCUACAACGCGCCGCGGGUGGCGUGGAUGUUCCGCGUGUUCGGCCACAAGAAUGUCCACGUCCUGAAUAACUUCCGACUUUACCACCAACUGAACUUCCCUGCCGAGUCGGGAGAUAUAGUUUCUCUUGUAUUAUCUUCAUCUGGAGAAUUAGGAGAUGCGGAGACGUAUCCUAUUCCCGAGAUUGAUCAAGAAAUGGUGAUAUCUCGCGCGGAUCUUCAGAAGCUUCUCGCUACACAGAACGAGAACUCAACCGACUCAACGUAUCAAAUUCUGGAUUCACGCACGAACACGCUCUUCACUGGGUCCGAAGGGUACUCCGAUCCAAGUAUCCAGAGAGGUCAUAUUCCCGGCGCUGUGAAUAUCCCGUUAUCAACGGUAUUGAACGAGCAUGGGGCGAUCAAGACGCCAUCAGAGUUGAAGGCAUUGUUUGAACAUUCUGGGGUCAGCGAGCGACCGACGAUCUUGAGCUGUAAUUCCGGUGUUACAGCGGCGGUAGUGGAUGUGGCAUUGACGGAGUCGGAGUAUGUGAUGCCGAAGCGGCUGUAUGAUGGAAGUUGGAUGGAAUGGGGGAAAGUUUCUUCGGCAGAGUUGAUUGCAAAGGAGGAGGAAUGA